UUUUGUUUCAAACAUGUAGGCUAAUAGGCUAAUGGCGUCCAGUUCAGGAAGCAGAAGUCUGCAAAGACAAAGUAAAGAUCCCCCGGACAAGGAAGCCAAUACUGGUGUUAAAAGAGGACGACGGAGUCCAUCUCUUGAACGACCUUUUAUGAGUGAUUUAAGGAUUGUUCUGCUGGGGACAAAUGUAGCAGAAAACAGCAGAGUGGGAAACUUCAUCUUAGGAAGAGCAGCGUUUGAGAGUGAAACUCCUGCUGAUGUAGAGCUACACAUUGAAAAACACAGAGGAAAACUGAAGGACAGAGACGUCAGAGUCAUCAACGCUCCUCAACUGCUGCAACCACAUCUGUCAGUCUCUCAGAUCACACAGGGAGUGAAAGAGUGUGUGGAUCUGUCUGCUCCUGGACCUCAUGUCAUCAUACUUAUACUGAAGAAGAACGACUUCAGUGAUAAUGAUGGAAACAGACUGAAAGAUGUGCUGAAUGAAUUCAGUGAGGAGGCUCUUAAACACACUAUAGUGCUGACUAAUGAGGAAGAGAUACACAAUAACUGUAUUAAUCAAUUCAUAAAUGAAUGUGGAGGUGGACAUCUUCAGUUUAAUGAACAAAACACAGGAUUACACUCUGAGAUACUCGAAAGAGUAGAGAAGAUACUCAAAGAAGAAGAGGUUCAGUUUCCUAUUGAGGAAGCAAGAGAACGAUUAUCAGAGGAUGAAGAGCAGAGCAGAUCUAGAAGUUCAGUCACAGCAGAAGAAGAGGGAGAUCGUGAUCAUGAAGAUAUUAAAAUCAAACAGAGCAACAAAGGGAAAAAGGAGGAUGCUGUCCAACGAAAUACCUGGUAUUCAUUAGAGGAUUCAGAUGAUGUAAGGAUUGUCCUGCUGGGAAAAACUGGAGUUGGGAAGAGUGCAACAGGAAACACCAUCUUAGGGAGAGAAGCUUUUAAAGCAGCCGUGUGUCAAGAGUCAGUUACUAAAGAGUGUCAGAGAGAGACGGCUGAGAUUGAUGGCAGACUCAUUACUGUGAUUGACACUCCAGGAUUGUUUGAUACUAAAGUUAGUCAUGAAGAGAUCCAGAGAGAAAUCAGUACCUGCAUCUCCAUGAUUCUGCCUGGACCACAUGUGUUUCUGUUACUGGUACCAGUGGGACGAUUCACUCAGGAGGCGGCAAACACAGUGAAGAAAAUUCAAGAGACUUUUGGUGAAAACUCAUUAAUGUACACUAUUGUGCUCUUCACCGGAGGAGAUAAUCUGAAGAAGACGACCAUUGAAGAGUAUUUAGGAAAACCUGGAUCUGCUUUGAUGAAGCUCAUCGGACAGUGUGGAAACAGAUAUCAUGUGUUCAAUAAUAAUGAGACUGGAGACCGUGUGCAGGUGUCUACAUUACUGCAGAAAAUCAGUGACAUGGUGACAGCAAAUGGAGGGAGUUACUACACAUGUAAGAUGUUCAGACAGAUGGAAAGAGAGAAACAAGAAGCACAGAUGAAGAAGCUAAAGGAUGAAGUGGAGGAACUGAAGAGAAAGAGAGAAGAACUGCUGGCCAAACAUGAAGAAGAGAAAGAGAAAAUAAAGAUGAAGAUUGAGGAAGAAAGAAAUAAUCAUGAUGCAGAGAAGAAGAGAAGAGAAGAAGAAUUUGAGAAACGGAGGGAGACAGAACAAAAGAUGUGGGAUGAAUCUUAUCAGAGACUUAAAGAAGAGAGAGAUGAAAUCAAAAGAGAGAACGAGAGAUUUAAAAAAGAGAAAGAAGAUCUUCAGGUCAAACAUGAAGUAGGAAUAGAAAAGAUGAAGAGGAUGAUGGAGGAAGAAAGACAGAAUCAUGACACAGAAAGGAGGAAGAGAGAAGAAGAAAUCAGGAAGAGUGAAGAAAAAUACAAAACACAACUAGAGAAAUUGUUGACAAAGAUACAAGAUGAAAAACAGAGAAGGGAAGACGAAGAUGAGAAGAGGAAGGAGAAAGAACAAAACAUAAGAGAUCAAUGUGAUGAGAAAAUAAAGAGAGAGAGAGAGGAAAUCAAAAGAAAAAAAGAGAGGAUAGAAAGAGAGAAAGAAGAUCUUCAGGCCAAACAUAAAAUAGAAAUAGAAAAGAUGAAAACAAAGAUGGAGGAAGAAAGACAGAAUCAUGACACAGAGAAGAGGAAGAGAGAAGAAGAAAUCAGAGAGAAUGAAGAAAAAUACAAAAGAGAAAUUAAAAUAGAACAAGAGAAAUGGGAAAAAAAGAUACAAGCGGAAAAACAGAGAGGAGAAGAAUUUGAGAAAAGGAGGGAGAAAGAACUAAACAUGUGGGGUGAAUCUUAUCAGAGACUUAAAGAAGAGAGAGAUGAAAUCAAAAAAGAUAAAGAUAGAUUUAAUAGAGAGAAAGAAGAUCUAAAGGUCAAACAUGAAGUAGAAAUAGAAAAGAGGAAGAAGAUGAUGGAGGAAGAAAGACAGAAUCAUGACACAGAGAGGAGGAAGAGAGAAGAAGAAUUGAAUGAAAAAGAAGAACGAUACAGAAAAGAUAUCAAAGAAAAAGAGGAACAAAUGCAGAAACGUCAGGAGGAAAAGCUAAAACAGAUGCAAGAUGAGUGGAGGAAGCGGGAGGAAGAACAACAUUCAUUAGAGGAUUCAGAUGAUGUGAGGAUUGUCCUGCUGGGAAAAACUGGAGUUGGGAAGAGUGCAACAGGAAACACCAUCUUAGGGAGAGAAGUGUUUAUGGAAGACAUGUCUCUUGAGUCAGUUACUAAAGAGUGUCAGAGAGAGACGGCUGUAAUUGAUGGAAGACUCAUUACUGUGAUUGACACUCCAGGACUGUUUGAUACUAAAGUUAGUCAUGAAGAGAUCCAGAGAGAAAUCAGCAACUGCAUCUCCUUGAUUCUGCCUGGACCACAUGUGUUUCUGUUACUGAUACCAGUGGGACGAUUCACUCAGGAGGCGGAAAACACAGUCAAGAUCAUUCAAGAGACUUUUGGUGUGAACUCAUUAAUGUACACUAUAGUGCUCUUCACCGGAGGAGAUGAUAUAAAGAAGAAGAAGACGAUUGAAGAGUAUCUGGGAAAAACAGGAUCUGCUUUGAUGAAGCUCAUCGGACAGUGUGGAAACAGAUAUCAUGUGUUCAAUAAUAAUGAGACUGGAGACCGUGUGCAGGUGUCUACAUUACUGCAGAAAAUCAAUGACAUGGUGAGAGUAAAUGGAGGGAGUUACUACACAUGUAAGAUGUUCAGACAGAUGGAAAGAGAGAAACAAGAAGCACGAAUGAAGAUGCUAAUGGAUGAAGUGGAGGAACUGAAGAGAGAGAGAGAAGAACUGCUGGCCAAACAUGAAGAAGAGAGAUUGGUUCAGGCAUCCACUACUAGAUGGCGGGACCUGUAAAAUACUGCUGCUGCUACUGCUAUUAUCGGGAGAUGUUCAUUUGAAUCCGGGACCACUUUCUCACUCAGAGCUAAAACUCAAUAGAGCACAAAACCAUCAGAUGGAGUUAGUAUCACAUUGACUAAAACAAUUAUUUACUGUGCAUAUUGACAUGCUUAUUGACAUUACCUGCAUUUUAACACAAACGUUCAUGAUUAUGCAAGUCAAACUGGAUGUUUGCUUCUUCACGAUUUUUCUCAUAGCCGUAAAACUGAGGGUCCAGAUAACAUGUGAUAGCUUUUAUAUUGAGGGCAAUUAAAGACAAUUCACAUACUUAACAGUAGGAUACAGUUAAAAAUGUGUAUCUUACCCUCCGCACAGAUGAAAUAUAAGAUGAAAGCCCACAUACUGAUGGAUGUUUGUGAUGUGUUCUUCUUCGUCUCACCCGCAGCUACUCUGAGCAGGAUGAACACCUGCAAUGAAUUCACUUACAUUGGUUCCACCAAAAGAUGGCAGUGACUCUCAAAAAAACUCCCAGCUUUCUUGUUUUCACAUGAGAGUAAAACUCAUAAACAAGAAACUAAGAAACCAACUGAACAAACAGACAGGUGUAAGUGAUUAGCUUUUUCUUUCUUUCUUUUUUUUUGUAGCAAUUAAUGGUAAUGUGUUAGUUAUUUUCCUUUUUCCUUCUAACAAUAAUGUCUGAGGGAAAAGACAGACUGUUCAGGAAAAGAUUUAUGUUUAAAUGAAUAGAGAAACCCAGGCUACUAGGCCUUUAGUAUAUUAACCCUUUAAUGCCGCAUGUAUCAUAUUUGAUACACGAGUUUCUAAGACGUAUAUUAAAUCAGUGAGAGCAAUACUUUCUUUGAAAACCUGUUGUAUCUAUUUUUAUACGUGUUUUUUGCCAUCUUGUGGAAUUUCACUGUACUGCAGGCAGUAGAGGGGUGAUUUUUUAGCUUUUCAAAAUGGCCGCUGCGAUUGGAGCAAGCCAGAUGAUUUCGGCAGGAAAAUAAAGGCUAAUUUCAAGUUGUUAAGGUAAAAAAUAAUAUUGGAUUGUGCCUAAUAUAAUUUAUUGAACACUUUCUGAAUUGAAAUAAUGCAUAAUUACUUAAUAGUUUAAUUUUUAAAUUCCAAGUAAAUCGUGUUGGAAAUUGUGUAUCAAAUUUGAUACAGCAGGCUUUUA